AUGCUCUACUUUGCCUAUGGAAGCAACAUGGCGCUGGCGCAGAUGAGCCAUCGCUGCCCUCGGAGCAAGUUCGUUGGACGCGGCAUUCUGUACGGCUAUCGCUGGCAAAUCAACGAGCGCGGCUAUGCCAACGUUGUCAAAGUCGAGGACACGGCCAAGGCCGGCAGCACCAAGCUUGCAACGGGUGGCGGUAUGACCGCAAACCACAGACCAAGUGCACCCACCGGCGCGUGUGUCCAUGGCCUCAUCUACGAGCUCGACGAAACAGGCGAAGAUGAAGCGAAGCUCGACGUGUACGAAGGCGUUCGCACAUCUGCCUACCAGAAGAUGUACGCCGAUGUGGUGGUCUGCCCGUCCACGUAUCCAGAAUACGUUGCCGCAUAUGAGGCCACCGGGCACAGUGUCCCGCCGUUCGCAGGGACAAAGUACGGAGACCCAAGCAAACCCGCCACGGCCAAGGGCGUGCUCGUGUAUUUCAGUGACAGGUACAUCACGGCUGGCGCACCAAAACUCGAGUACGUCAACCGGAUGAAGGCAGGAAUGUGGGACGCCUACCACCUGGGCGUUCCAGUGGGCUAUUUGGAGCGUGAUUUGAUUCCGCAUUUGGAGAACAACCGCGAAAAAGCGUCCAGUCUGGCCUCGAAGAACAAGAAGAACUGA